AUGGCACACAAACAUUCGCUUGAGGCGUUGAACAGGACAUUGAAAGAUAUUAAAAACAACGACAAACUAUUUGGUGGCACUCGGGCGUCCGGUAGCGCUGUGAUCCUGGAUCCUCGCAUGGUGUGCAAGAAAAAUCGUAGGACACGAGGUAGACUCGCUCAGAUCUGCAGAAAUGAAACCGGCUUGGUGAAGGAGAUCACUAAGGGCGUAACCUUGGGAGCCACCGAGUGCGCCCAUCAGUUCAGGAGCCGCCGCUGGAACUGUACUACGCAGAGGCGGAGCAUGAGGAAAAUAUUAAUGAGAGAUACGAGAGAAACUGGUUUCGUGAACGCCAUAACAGCGGCUGGUGUCACCUUCUCCAUCACAAGAGCUUGUACUGCUGGGUCUCUUCUGGAAUGCUCCUGCGAAAAGGGCAUACCAAAACCUCGCCGUGGUCAUGAUCCGGUGGAUCCACCGCCGACACAAGAGUCCAAGAACAAAUGGCAAUGGGGCGGAUGCAGUGACAACGUACGGUUUGGCCUCAAGAAGUCCAGAGAAUUCAUGGACAGCCGCUACAGGAAACGGAGCGACAUUAAAACUCUCAUCAAACUACAUAACCACAACGCUGGGAGGUUGGCCAUUAAGAACAAUAUGAAGAUAGAGUGUAAAUGCCACGGACUUUCCGGUUCCUGUACCUUAAGGACUUGCUGGUGGAGAAUGCCUACAUUCAGGGAAGUAGGAGAUAGACUGCGUGACAGAUUUGAAGGUGCCGCUAAGGUGAUUGCCAGCAACGACGGUGACAGCUUCAUGCCAGAGAGCCCGAGCAUAAAGAAGCCAGGCAAGAAAGACAUUAUCUACUCAGAAGAAUCGCCGGACUUUUGUGCGCCAAAUUUGAAGACUGGCUCUCUAGGCACCCAGGGAAGACAGUGCAAUAUCAGCUCUGCCGGCACCGACGGUUGUGAUCAAAUGUGCUGCCGACGAGGCUACGUGGAAACAACCAUUAACGAAACGGAGAACUGCAACUGCCAAUUCAAAUGGUGCUGCGAAGUUAUAUGUGAAACAUGCAACGUAAAACGAAACAUACAAACAUGCCUUUAAUGUGAUAGAUAAUUAUGUAUUUAAUGUUUAUUAUUUUUAUUAAA